AUGGAUACAGUUGUGAACGUGAAGAGGGCGAGGGAAACCGAGGAGGGGUGGGUGGGUGGAGGGAUAGGGGGAGGGACAGGAGGGGGAGGGACAGCGGGGGAAAGGUUAGAGAGGGAAGGAGCGAAGGAGAGGAGAGAGGGGGAGCAGGUGUUGCAAGAGGAGACAGCAGGAGUGGCGGCAGGUGGGAAGGGAGCACCAGGCGCAGAGGAUGUGCAGCAAACGCCAGGAGUGGAGGGCGAGAAUAGAGACCUCCUACAGCAGCAGGUGAGCAGGAAGCACCAGGGGCAGCGGACGGGUAGGGAGAAGCAGCAGCAGCAGCAGCAGCAGCAGCAGCAGCAGCAGCAGCAGCAGCAGCAGCAGCAGCAGCAGCAGCAGCAGCAGCAGCAGCAGCAGCAGCAGCAGCAGCAGCAGCAGCAGCAGCAGCAGCAGCAGCAGCAGCAGCAGCAGCAGCAGCAGCAGCAGCAGCAGCAGCAGCAGCAGCAGCAGCAGCAGCAGCAGCAGCAGCAGCAGCAGCAGCAGCAGCAGCAGCAGCAGCAGCAGCAGCAGCAGCAGCAGCAGCAGCAGCAGCAGCAGCAGCAGCAGCAGCAGCAGCAGCAGCAGCAGCAGCAGCAGCAGCAGCAGCAGCAGCAGCAGCAGCAGCAGCAGCAGCAGCAGCAGCAGCAGCAGCAGCAGCAGCAGCAGCAGCAGCAGCAGCAGCAGCAGCAGCAGCAGCAGCAGCAGCAGCAGCAGCAGCAGCAGCAGCAGCAGCAGCAGCAGCAGCAGCAGCAGCAGCAGCAGCAGCAGCAGCAGCAGCAGCAGCAGCAGCAGCAGCAGCAGCAAGAAGAAGAAGAAGAAGAAGAAGAAGAAGAAGAAGAAGAAGAAGAAGAAGAAGAAGAAGAAGAAGAAGAAGAAGAAGAAGAAGAAGAAGAAGAAGAAGAAGAAGAAGAAGAAGAAGAAGAAGAAGAAGAAGAAGAAGAAGAAGAAGAAGAAGAAGAAGAAGAAGAAGAAGAAGAAGAAGAAGAAGAAGAAGAAGAAGAAGAAGAAGAAGAAGAAGAAGAAGAAGAAGAAGAAGAAGAAGAAGAAGAAGAAGAAGAAGAAGAAGAAGAAGAAGAAGAAGAAGAAGAAGAAGAAGAAGAAGAAGAAGAAGAAGAAGAAGAAGAAGAAGAAGAAGAAGAAGAAGAAGAAGAAGAAGAAGAAGAAGAAGAAGAAGAAGAAGAAGAAGAAGAAGAAGAAGAAGAAGAAGAAGAAGAAGAAGAAGAAGAAGAAGAAGAAGAAGAAGAAGAAGAAGAAGAAGAAGAAGAAGAAGAAGAAGAAGAAGAAGAAGAAGAAGAAGAAGAAGAAGAAGAAGAAGAAGAAGAAGAAGAAGAAGAAGAAGAAGAAGAAGAAGAAGAAGAAGAAGAAGAAGAAGAAGAAGAAGAAGAAGAAGAAGAAGAAGAAGAAGAAGAAGAAGAAGAAGAAGAAGAAGAAGAAGAAGAAGAAGAAGAAGAAGAAGAAGAAGAAGAAGAAGAAGAAGAAGAAGAAGAAGAAGAAGCAGCAGCAGCAACACCACCGGCAGCAGCAACAGCAGCGCCGGCGGCAGCAGCAGCAGUGGAUGCUGGCGAGGUUGGAAGAUAUGCGCUGUCGUGCGAGUGGAGGCUGCCUGGCCCGCAUCAUUCCCUGCUCCUCCCCCCCCAGCAACCCCACCUCAUCCAGCAUUCUACCCAUGCAGGCGCCCUCCUGCCGCUCUGGGAAAAGCAGAGCCAGUUUUUCCUCUUCAUCCUGCACUUGAAGAUUGUCAAAACUCUCUCGCAGAUUCGAUGA